UGUGAGACGCUGCGGUAGCACGUGAACGCAGCACGACUACAGAGUCAGCCGAUAAAUAAAAGCUGUCAGUCGGCAACGGCAGCAACAAUGAGUGGGAAAUGCUGCUUUAAACACUAAAAGUGUCUCAUCUUCGGAGUAUGUGACAUUGCUGAAUUUAACAGUGUCGGUAUUAUUAGUAUGAAGAAUAAAACGAAGCCAGAGUUUUGGAAAACGUUCAAAUUCCAAACCACGUCAACUCAUCUGUCGUGGCACCUACGGGAGUCUGAGUGUGGACACAAAGAGAGCGACAGAGAUUUAAAAUAUCAGGCUUUCUUACAGAAUGGACUCAGACUGCCUCCCUGCAUCCGCAGACUCCCUGCUGUUUGAUCCGGUUCCUGUUCAUGGAGCUUCAGGAGUUGAGGUCAGCAGCAGCUCUGCAGCAGCUCUGUCAGGUUCAGAGGCAGAGGAUCUGGAUUCGUACAACCUGAUCGAGCCUCCACCCUUAGAGUGGAGGUCAGACACCUCUAGUGAAGCUGGUUCAGCAGACGAUCUGGAUGAUGCCAGCCUUCCCACCUCAGCUGACUGUCUCAACAAGGCAGGUCUGGGUGAGUCAGUAUCGCUUCCUUUGGUUGAGAGAGACAUUUUGACUCCAGUCGACGUGAACCAGCUGGAUCUUGUGGGAAAAGUUAAGCAGCCAACUGAGGAUGUCGAGGCGAAAUCCACAGACAAGGCUGAAGCAGGUGUGGGGGAAGUGAGGGCUGAGGGCUUUAAGGACACAGAGGAAGAUCAAGCAGUGGUGACAUUUGGGGAUGUUGAGAACAAGAGAGGUGAAGAGGAGGCUGCUGAAAGGAGAUCAAAUGAUGAAGACCAUAGGCAUAUCCACACCCUGCUCAGUCAGCUCCAACUAAUGGAGGAAGAGCCACAUCCCAGUCAUCGGACGCCAUCAAAUCGUCAUUACUCCAGGCGGUCUGAGCUGGAAGCAUGUGGUCCUUCUUCAAUAAAAGAGGACAGCGCUGAAACCACAGGGCUGCUCUUCUCUGAAAGCCACCAGAGAGAUCUGCUGGGGAUGCUGCAGUGCACAGAGAUAGGUGCUACACCCCGUCCUACCUCUCUGCCGCACAGAGGGGACGUGGACGCUGUGGUGUCAGUUUCCUACAGCCAGGAGGACGCACAGAGGUUCUGGAGGCAUCACGGGAAUGGUCAACAACGACGGCACAGGGACGACUCCCUCACCUCACUGCCUGAUGAUGAGUAUCCCGAGCCAGUGUGGAUGAAGCUGGGAGAGCAGCCUCCAGAGGAAGAAGCUACUGCAGAGAGCGAGCAGAGUGCUGAUGACCAGCCUUCAUAUAAAGAUGUGCCUGGUCCUUGUGAUCCUGAAGACCUUUUGGAUGGAGUGAUUUUUGGUGCCAAGUAUCUUGGCUCCACUCAGAUCAAAUCAGAGAAGAACCCGUCUACAAACGCUCGUAUGGCCCAGGCUCAGGAGGCUGUGGACCGAAUAAAGGCUCCAGAAGGAGAGUCCCAACCAAUGACAGAAGUGGAUCUGUUCAUUUCUACUCAAAGAAUCAAAGUGCUCACUACUGACACGCAGGAAGCCAUGAUGGAUCAUGCUCUGCAGAUGAUCUCUUACAUCGCUGACAUCGACAACAUUGUGGUCUUAAUGGCACGAAGGAAACGUAAAGGGCAGGAUGGUGACACCGACUCAAACUCUUCGUCGUCAUCCGCAAAGAAGUGCUUGAUGAUCUGCCAUGUGUUCUCCUCUGAGGAUGCUCAGAUCAUAGCCCAGGCUAUCGGGCAGGCGUUUGGAGUGGCUUACCAGCAGUUCCUCCAGGCCAACGGCAUCAAGGCCAGCGAUCUGAGGCCCGGCGAGUACAGUGACUACCUGGAAAGUCAGGAACUCUACAACGGAGACUUGGCCCACUUCUCUGACUCUCAAAACCUCAGAGAAGUAAUCAUGACCAAGGCUCCAGGGGAGAUCUUGGGACUGGCGGUGGUAGAGUCGGGCUGGGGCUCCAUCCUCCCAACAGUGGUGGUGGCCAACCUCCUCCACGGAGGCCCGGCUGAACGCUGUGGUGAGCUCAGCAUCGGGGACCGCAUCAUGUCCAUCAACGGAACAAGCCUCGUGGGUCUGCCCAUCACCACCUGCCAGAACAUCAUCCGCGAUCAGAAAAGCAAGAAGUAUGUGAGGCUCAGCAUCGUCCACUGUCCUCCCGUCACCAUGGCAAUUAUCAGGAGACCAGAUCCGAAAUUUCAGCUGGGCUUCAGCGUGGAAGAUGGCAUUAUUUGUAGUCUGAUGCGGGGUGGUAUAGCAGAGAGAGGAGGAAUCCGCGUCGGGCACCGCAUCAUUGAAAUCAACGGGCAGAGCGUCGUUGCAACACCGCAUGAUAAGAUCAUCCAGAUUCUGACAAACGCUGUAGGGGAGAUCCACCUGAAGACGAUGCCAGCUUCAACGUAUCGUCUGUUAACAGGACAAGAGCAGCCAGUGUUUCUCUGAGCACUUCCUGUUUCACCUGGACAAAAAUUCUUCAGUAUUCAAACUUCAUGAGCUUUUGCCAAACUGAAAAUAUUAUGCAAGUGUGUUACAGGCUGUUGUCACACCACUGAAAGCUGCAAACCAGACUAGUUAUGCAUGUUUUUAGGACAAUAAGAACAUCUGAAUAUGAAAGUGCGAUUUAAAAUGACAGGGAUAGGUAGUAGCUCUUCAUUUGUAUUUAUCACAUAUUUACAUUUCAGGCAGUAGCUGAGAUGCAGUAAUGCUUUUUUUACUUUGCUUACUUACUUAGUGGUGAGCAGCGUCAGAAACACUGUACUUCAUUAGUCUUCCAGCCUGUCGUGUGGCGCCGGUGUGCCUGAGGUAAAUAUGCUUGAA